GAGAGAGAGAGAGAGAGAGAAAGACCCACCAACAGAGCUGGUCACAUACUUACCCUCCUCUUGACUGAUGGUUACACUUGCAUGAAAGCCAGAGAUAUAAAGAAGAGAAGAAAAAGAAGAGGUGGACAGAGGAAGGGUGAGAUGGUGAGUUGAUGGUGUUGUUGGAGUGGUACUUGGUUGUUAUUUGAGAAGCCAAAAGCCUCCUUCAGCAGCAGCAGCAGCAGCAGCAGCCAUCGUUCAGUGCUGUUACAGAUGUGGUCAGCUCCAAUUGUCCACCCUCCUCCCCCUCCCUAGCCCCCACCUCUUUCAAACCAACCAGGAAAAUAAUAUUUGUUUUCCAAAAACCAAUAUCAAUGAUCUAAAUCCCCAAUAUCCAAGCCAUAUCAUCCAACAAACACAAUUCCCCUUCCCUUCCUCUCCAUCUCCUCUUAAGGCCUACUCACAAAAACUUACAGCAAUCGAGUUCGCAUCCAAAACAUGGAAAGUACGUAAGACAGUAGAGUAGAAGAGAUAAAAAGAGAGAAGAUCUCUUCUUCCUCCACUCCCUUUUCCUCUCGCCCUCUUUCCCUCCAUCUCCUACUUCAUGCCUAGAAACAAAAGGUCUUCUUCAAUAGUCUCAAAAUGAAACAUAUCAAGUGAGAGAAAGGAGGAGGCGAAUUAAGAACAGGAAGAAGGUUUUCUCUUCUUCUCUUCCCCCACUCUUUCUUCCAAUCUUUGUCCUCCUUCCCUUCCUCGAUCUUUAUCCAACUUUAGAGCUAGCUGGUGUGUUGGUUCACCCAAAUUAAGCUAUUGUAGUCGGCAUCGGCAGUGACAGCAGAGAUGAGCGAGCGAGAGACCCGCGACUUCAUGAGCGUCGACUCCUUCUCCCAGCUCCCAUUUAUCCGCCCGGCGCCUCGCGAGAAGCCCUCCUCCGCCUCCGCCAUCCGCCUCUUUGGCAUCGAGGUCCCCCAUGAGCCCGACAGCGAAGAAGAUCCCUCCAAAGACCCCAACACCACCACCAACCCCAACAGCAGCAGCAAUGGAAAUGGCAGCGGCGGCGAGAGUGGUCGCAAGUUCGAGUGCCACUACUGCUGCCGCCACUUCCCUACAUCACAAGCCCUCGGCGGGCACCAGAACGCCCACAAACGCGAGCGGCAGCAUGCCAAGAGAGCCCAAUUCCAGUCAGCCAUGGCGGCCCACCACCCAUCCACCGCCGGCGGUCACCACAUGUAUGCCUUCCUCAACUACCACCGCCUUGGCUCGGCGCCGCCCGCCGCCCGCUUUGGCUUCGACCCCCCUGCCGGCCACCACUAUCCCUCAUGGAACAGUCCCAGCACCAGUACUGGUAGCACCAUCGGCACCCGGUUCCACGGUGGGCUGGGAUCGGUGAGCCAGCCUAUCAAUGGAAGCCCGCUGCCGGGCCUUUGGAGGGUUCCUACGGUGGUGCAUGGCGGUGCGGGUGUCGGACUAGUCCACCGGGAGCCGUUACCCUUGUUCGGAGGGGAUGAGUCCAGAGUGAUGGGAGGUGGUGGAGGGAGUGUCGGUUUGAGUGCUAAUAUUGGUUCUUUUCCUUCCUCCUCUUCUUCUACACCUCCACAGAGCUACGAAUCUGGUGUCAAAGAGAAUGUGAGUUUGGAUCUGCACCUGUGAUUAAAUAGUGAAUUAUGCAGAAUUUUAAUCGAAAAUGU